AUGGCAAGCUCGACAUCUCAUACUUCUAUGUCGUUCCCUACAUCGACCUCCUCUAUCCCACCAUCUCAGACCAGCGGCUCGUCAGGCAACGUGCCUACUUCGCUCUCUCUUCCAUCUUCGCGAACGACUCAGCCGCCGUCAACUUCUUCAAGCAUUGGGCAGCCGUCGCUUACAACGACACCGCCUUUCACAUCGUCAUCGAGUAUCCAGGCCGUUACAUUGUCGUCCAUUGCAGCGGUUCCUUCCGGCAUUUCCACGGGUGGAUCGCACCCGACUCAUCGCAACGUUAUCAUCGCCGUCGCUACAUCACUUGGCCUUGUGGUCCUCGCCGCCGUCGCGACGUUGAUAUCGCUCUACCUGCGCCGCCUAUACCGACGCCGUCAGCUCCGCCAGUCUACACGUCGUGCGCAUCCAUCGGAUAUCUGCGUAACCGCGGCAGAGAUCGGCAACCCGAAGACUCCGGACGCGCUUCAAAGCGACCUCUCAAACCUCCUCGAUGCGCGUGUCUCGACUGAGCCCCAUCCCUCUGCCCCCUUGUCUUCUGUCAUCGACAUCUCUGGGCCGAGAACGUCCGUGUUCGUCGCGCCUCCCACAUCUCCAAUAGCCCGACAGGAAGUGUUUCUACAGUCUUCGCCGUCCAUCACACCCCGGCCAUCCGGCGAGGACCGCGAUGUUAGGAAAACCCCGACGGAAUCCGUCUCGCAACCGGGUGGACCCGCUGACAUCGACCGAGGUCCCCCUAUCGCACCAGCACCUGCCGAUCCUGAUACUCAAAUGGAGGGUGCCGCUUUGGAGGAGGACGGUGCUGCUUCCGGGUGCGAGGUAGUACCGAUUACUUCGCUCCGGAGCUCCCCGUAUGUGCUGGACCUCUCCACUCUCACGCCAGAUAUCAGGAGCGCAUGGAACGCAGACGUGCUUCAACACAACAGGAGCCCCUCUCCCAACACGCAAGUCUCGACCGCGAACCCUUCCUCGCUCCCUUCGUAUUCUAUGAUCGACGUCGCCACUCCCAUAGCGUCUGCCUCCGUGGCUUCCCCUUCAUCUCCCCUCGGCCCUCUGGAGGGGCGCCAACGACAGGCUUCGCUCCCAAUCGCACCGCAACCGUUGAGCGAAGAUUUGGGCUGUGCGAAGGCGGAUGGGGCCAUCCAAAGAGUGGCUGUACCCGGGUCCGAGCAGGAUCUCCCUGCAUCGCCCCCUGCGGACCCCUCGGCCGCGUCUAUUCCCAGCUCAGAUGUACUGCGCUGGAUGCGCUCCGUGAUGACACUGUCGGACAUUGCGGAUGAAGAGGAGCGCGAGAUGCCGCCUCCUGUCCAGCCUCCUCCACGAGCCACGUACAACCAGGCGCCGGACGCGGAGUCAAGAGUCUACGGAGAUGCAUAA